AUGUCGACAUCUCAGCCCCCUCUACGUCUAUCCUCUCACAACUCCUUGACCUCUCGCCUUGUCCUGUCCACCCUUCUCGGUCGCGCCAUUCGCAUCGACCAAAUACGCCCCGACUCUCCUACCAACCCGGGUCUUGCUCCUCAUGAAAUAUCGUUCCUUCGCCUCCUCGAAGCAGUGACAAAUGGCUCCCACAUGGAAAUAUCCUACACGGGCACAGUACUCCUCUAUCGGCCCGGCCUCAUUACCGGUUCUGCCAGUGGGAGUGGCGCGUCGAGCUCUGGAGUAAUACGGCAUGAGAUUGCCGCGAACAACACUCGGGGACUCAGUUACUUUCUCAUCCCUAUAUGUUUGCUGGCGCCGUUCAGUAAGACCAAAUUCAACAUACUGUUCACGGGGCAAGGCGUGAUCACGAGCGCCACGGAGAAAUGGGGCGACAUGUCAGUGGACAGCGUGAGGACUGCGAUUCUGCCCAUCUACGAAAAAUUCGGAAUAGAACGGGAUAUCGAACUGCGAAUACUGAAGAGAAGCAACCCUGGUCCACGAGGUGUUGGAGGCGUGGGCGAGGUGCAGUUGUUGUUUGGGCAUCAGGUCCGCUUGCCGAAGACACUGCACUUCAUGAACCCGGGACGCGUAAAGAGGAUUCGGGGCGUGGCUUACAGUACCGGCGUGAGUGGGAACAACAAUGCGCGAAUGAUCGAAACUGCCAGGGGAGUCCUGAAUCAGUUUGUGCCCGAUAUUUACAUCUUCAGCGAUGUGGGCAGUGCGCAGCUGAUCACUGUUCAAGAGCGUGGCAGCCAAGGAACCACGAAAAGGAAAGUCGGCCUUGGGUUCGGACUGAGUCUGGUCGCGGAGAGCACGACGGGGGCGCUUUAUAGCGCAGAUGCUGUUUGUCCGCCAGAGGGUGGUAAGCCGGCAGAAGACAUUGGACGGAUGGCGGCUUUUGAGUUGCUCGAGAGCAUUGAGAAGGGUGGCUGCGUGAGCGGCGAGGCGGUCGAGACAGUGGUCACGUUGAUGGCCAUGGGAAGCGAAGACGUUGGACGAGUCUGUCUCGGGAGGGAUGUAUUGGCGAAUGAGAGGACUGUUCAGUUGGCAAGGGAUCUGAACGCGUUUGGAGCAGCAGGAUGGGGAAUCAAGGAUGCAGACGGUGAAAAGGCAGAGGGGUUGUUGCAGGUCAGCAUCGUGGGGAGAGGAGUCGGCAAUGUGGGCAGGAAGAUUGGUUGA